AGUUGAACUGACUUACGUUUCCUGUGGCUGCGGGUUCGGUUGCACUAAGUUGAAAUUUUACUUGAAACUACAUUUCCAUCAAAUACAAAUUUCUUUUCCUCUGCUGUUCGUUACCAUCAUCAGCCAACUUUACGGGUCUGUAUUAAAAAUAACUUAAAAUGAAGAUUACCAGAUACAAGAAAGUCCAGAAGUACAUGAAAUUUUACUAUAACAAUUUCGGUUUCCACCAACCUUACCAGGUUUUAGUCGACGGCACGUUUUGUUUUGCUGCCUUCAAAGAGCAAAUCAAUAUCAGAGAACAAUUACCAAAAUAUCUCAACAACCCAGUAAAACUACUAACAACAAGAUGCAUCAUAAAAGAAACAGAAAAAAUAUCAAAGAAAACACAUGGAGCGCUAACUAUUUUAAAACAGUACGGUAUUCAUGAAUGCGGGCACAAGGAGCCUGUAACCGGAUCAAAAUGCAUUUUCUCUAUGAUUGGCAAAAACAAUGAAAAACAUUACAUACUGGCAACGCAGGACCGCGACCUGCAAGAGAAGUUAAGAUCUAAGGCUGGAGUUCCACUACUAUAUCUACAUAACAAAUCACCCACUCUUGAUAAACCCUCCAAAGCGAGCUACGAAAAAGUUGGACAAAACUUUGAAACAGCCACUAUGUUCAUAAGUCAAAAUCAAAAUGAAGUCCUCAAAAAUAUGAAAAAGGCUUUAGGUGUUGAAGAAAAUGUGGAAGAACCAAAAGUUCCCAUUAAGAAGAAGAAAACUCAUAAUCCCAACCCUUUGUCUUGUAAAAAGAAGAAAUCUAAGAAGCCAAUGGGUAAAGAAAGUAAAAUAAAAGAAGGGAAAGUUAGAAAGAGGAAGAAGAAUAAAAUACCGAGGCAUGUAAAGGAACAGUUGCAAAGUGCUCUCAGUAAUUCUUAGGUUAAAUCAAUAAAUAAGUUUAAUAAUA